AUGACUCUGACGUCUCCGGACGACCUCCCUUAUCGGCGCUCACCUCGGCCGCUCUCGCCGCCGCCCAAAUCCUCAUCCCCACCGAUGCUCAUCUCGCUUGGUCUCGACUCGCCCAAUGUCCCAUUGUACCACGCGACCACUCAGGCCUCGGUCUUAUUCCUCUUAGCGCUCCUCGAGCUCGCCCCGCCCCAUCUCCAUCGAUACAUUGAUCCGCCGCAACCCCUGCCGCCCAUGUUCGAGACCGACGGCACACAGAUGGACCUCGAGAGCCUGCUCUUCCUCUGCAAAGACGUUCUUUCCACCCUCUGUCCCGCGCUUCUCGACACUGACGGUUGGGACCAGCUCGUCGAGAAGGUGCUUCUGCUUCGCGAAGACGAUGACUCGGACUACGACAGCGACAUUCCGAUAUAUCAAUCUGACUGGGAGAAGCAGUGGGAGUACUCGGACGAGGAGGAAGACGAGCCUCUCCAAGAACUCAACCACUUCACGUCACAAGGGAGGGGAAGACAGGGCUUCAGCAGCAAUCGGUCCUGGGAGGUGUAUGGUCUGCAGGACGGAGACGUCAUCCGCGAUGAGUUCGAUGAUGUCGAGAAGGACGGAGAAGGCGACCCUGACGCCGACAAAGAGUGGCAUGACGCCUUGGACUCGAUCGGGUGCAUGGAGUUGGUCUCUCGGGCUUGCGAGAUGCUCGCUGAAUGGGUCGAGGAGAACGGCGAGCCGGUAAGCUUGAUACACAGCCGCGAGCUAACAGCAGUGCACACUCACUCCGGCCUUCGCAGACGAGGUGCACCGCCGCUCGGCACCAAUGCAACACUUAGCGGCCUUACACUGGAACGGAGUGCACAGGCUGAGGCGGCUGCCCGUCGGGAGCAAGGCGAUCGACUCUGCCUUUGCGUCGUGGGCGGUGCAGUAUGUCGAGCCUGA